AUGAACAAAAGUCAAAGUAAAAUUCGUAUAAUAUGGAAUCAUUAUUUCCAAGAUACUAAAGCUCUUAUUUAUGUUAUUGAUAGUGAUGAUCGUGCUCGUAUAGAUGAAGCAUGUGAAGCAUUUCAAAAAACACUUUUAAACGAUGAACUUAAAGGAAUACCAUCACUUAUUCCUGCUAAUCUUGAGGGUCUUGAUUGGUUAGCAAAUCAACUAAAAGAUGUUCGAUAA